AUGCACAGAAUUCAAUUCGCAUCCUGUCUGUCUGCUUUGCCUCCACCAUGCGAGUAUUUCGACAUAAUUGCCGGUAGUGGGACUGGAGGUUUGAUAGCGCUUCUGCUUGGCCGGCUUCGCUUAUCGAUAGAGCAUGCCAUCGAAUGCUAUACGAGGGUCGUUAGCCACGUAUUUACGCAGAUCAAGACAGACGGGAGCCUCAGGACAACACCCUUGGAGAAAGUGCUUAAAGAGAUCUCUCGUCGCUUCGGUAAUGGGGAGAACACACCUGUGUUCGAGACGCUGCCUGCGCAGUGCAAGACGUUUGUAUGUAUAAGGGAGGACAAUGGUUCCGGCAACGUCGUAUCCCGUAGGAUACGCUCCUACGCUCAUCCGACGGAACCCGCUACGCAAUUCACGCUCGUUGAGGCUAUACGAGCUACUAUGGGUCAUCCAGCUCUCUUUAAGCCUCUGUCGUCCACCAAAGGCAGGACCUUCCUGGAUGCUGGUGACGACCACUACAACCCUGCGUUCGAUAUCAUGCAGGAACUUGAGGCCAUCUAUCCUACGCGACACCUCGCAUACUACCUCAGCAUCGGCGCAGGAACGACGCAGACAGUCGGGGAAAACCCGCAGCGCAGGUUUGUCAAUCAACCUAGGCUACCCUCAUCGAUCCUUCGGACUAUUCGCACCUUGGCGGAACGCUGCGAUGCUAUCGCGUCCGCUUUUCAGCGCGAGCAUAGGGAUCUCGAGGGGAAGUACUUCCGUAUGACGCCGUCUCACGUCCCCUCCGAUGGAAAGAUUCGAUGGGAGGAAGCCGAAGCGCUAGAAGAAUUGGUGGGUCCUUACUUCGUCGAUGUCCAAGAUCAGGUUCGGCUUCUGGUCGUCGCCAUGAUGCACCAGACAGACAUGAUAAAGUCGCGCGGCCUUACCAGCUAG